CUUUGAGCUGCUCAAGGUUGUGAGUCACCUUUGUUUGCUGCACCAUAUGGUUGAAUAGAAGGAACGAAAAUUGAACAGAAAAUUGACAUUAAUAUUCGUAAUAUUAAUGAUGGAGCAGUAUUUUACAAAUAGGUGUAGGACAUUAGAUUUCGUGAUUUAAGAGCAAGACUAAUAAGAGUCAUAUGACUCUUAUUAGUCCAACAUAUAUUGGAAAGAUCUCUCAAUCCCCCUGUAUUUAGGGAGAAUUUCUGUCCGUUUCGGGAAAAUUUUUAAUAAAUGUCACGAAAACCCGGAAAUUCUCCCAAGUCUGCUGAAAUUCCCUUGAAUUUUGGGGUAAUGUUUCUUCAAACUUUGGGAAAACUGUUAAUUGUCAUUGAACUUUGGGGAAAACCCCAAAAUUGGGAGAUUGAGUAUAGUCUCAUAUGUGGCAUUGUAUUCACGUCGUCUAGUGAUUUAUUCGUUAUACGUCAUCUAAUGCAGUAGCAAAACUUGCACUUCUUACACUAGUGUAGCAAGAGAUAGGCGUUUUACUGACUGGUGAAAUUUCUUGGUUUGGUAGUUGCCCACUUUUAAAUUGCCCAUUAUAUGAAUUGGAAUAAUCUAGCGGUGGAGUAGUAUGCGGAAAUAGUAUCAGUAUGGUGUAAUAGAGGUCCGAGUUACCUGGGAUAUCGCCUCUACAUUUGGUUUCAAUCAUCUUCCAUUUAUAUAUGAACUUUGCCGCAUAGACUCUUAUUUCUCUUUUUCUUUUCAUCCCCCUUUUAGUGCAUACUUAAGAUAUAUUUUGUUCUUUAAUCUAAUAUUUUGUGCUUUCUAAAAAUCACAGCUUAAUCCAAUGAAGUUAUUAGCUUUUUCUUGUUCAACCUGUUUCAUGUAGUUCUUAGUCGUAUUCAUUUUUAUUCAGGUUUCUCAAAGUUAAUAUUGUGGUUCGACGCAAUCGAUAAACAACGUGUUAUUCUCGAUAUCUUCUUGACUGUUCACUGUUACCAGAAGAUCAAUAUCAUGAAUCUUUCUAAAGAUCUUUCACCAAAUGAUCAAAAUAAUUUAAAGAUAUUACGUCAAGUUGAGUUCUAUUUAAGCGAAGGAAACUUAAAUCGCGAUAGCUUCUUCAAACAGGAAAUGCAAAAACGAGAUGAUGGUGGUAUCCCAAUAGAUCUGCUGCUAAAGUGUAAUCGUAUGAUCGCUAUGAAUGUCACAGAGGAUAUUCUAAAAAAUGUUGUUGGAACAUCAAAAAUUGUGAGUCUGUCUAAUGAUGGUAAGUUACUUGCUAGCCGUGAUUUUAAAAUUGAUUGAUGCAGUCUUGAAACUUGUUGGUAAUUCUAAUAAAGAAAAACUUGGCACAUUCUUUGUCUCUUUAGUAAAAUUUACGUUUUUUUCUGUAUCAUUUUACAUAUGCAUAGUUUUAAUACUGUGGUUGAGGUUAACUUGAAGUACUAUAUUCCUUUUGCUUAAACCAAACUAGGGUUGGCUAUUGUCCGAGUAUUGCCGUUAUCUGAGUUGGGAUCUCGUGAGAGACGAACUAUCUUAGUUACAGGACUUCCACGUUUAUCCAUCGGAAUAACUGAAAAAGUAGGUGUGGACAACACUCCUCAUAGGCAAAGUUCAAAACCAAGUGAAAAUGAGCUGAAAAACAUAACCUCAGCAAGUUGGGAACUUGGUGACUGGAUUCGGAAUGUAUUUGAAGAAUACGGUGAAGUCCUAUUUGUCAGUUUACCUCGUUAUCAUCACUCUAAUUCGUUCCGAGGAUUUGCUUUCGUUGAAUUCAGAAUGUCUAAAUCUGCUAGAAAAGCUGUUAAACACAUGUGUGUUUUCAUGGAAAAUGAAAAAUGGCUCGUGCAACCUACUGAAACAAAUGAAGUAUCUGAGUGUCCGGAAUCAGCAUGGAAACCACGACUUGCAUCUAAAGUUUCUUUUUCACCUCAACAAAUGUUAGCCAGACGGCAUAUUUGGCGCUGUUGCUCUCGAAAGAAUAAACAACUUAUUGCAGCGUUCAAACAUUUACGUCAGGUCGGAUACACUGCUAGCAAUCCAUGUGAUAAGGAAUAUUAUUCAAUUAUACUUGGUGAUAACUCUACAGAAGCUAUACUGAAUUAUGUUAAAAACAAUCGUACUUAUGAACCGUGUCAAUCUAAACUACGUGUAUUUCGUUAUUCUGAUUGGAUAUUUUGGAAGCAAAAGUUUUAUCUGUGGCAACAAGCAUGGAUUGCAAGAAUGCAUCAUAAAACUGAAUUAUUAAUGACUAACAAAAAUAUUAGUAACAAUGAUGAAUAUGAUGAGGAUGCCACUAUGGAAGAGAAAGAAUGUUAUCAAAUAGAUUCUGAAAUAAAUCGAAAUUCACUGCCAGUAAAAUGUUUAGAUGAAUCUUCAACUAGACCGAAAGCACUUCCAAAUAAUUUUGUUCCGAAUUCCAUUGUUCAGAUAUAUUGGCCUUCAGCAGUGAUUCCCAAAGGAGAUUCAGCAAAUACACAUCUGUCUGAUGGUCUUGGUGAUACACUGAUAACACUGAAGAAGUUAUCAUCUGCUCGAUGUCUGCGUAUUAGUCUAGAAAAAAAUCUUCUUGUUCCAUGUAAUCUUUUAAAAGAUGUUGCUCAUGUAGACCCAAGCCCUAACCAAAAUCUAUUGGACUCUGUUAACCAAUUCGGGUGUUGUAUAAUACCAAAUACUAAUCUAAAUGAAUCACUUUCGUCAGAUGAAUUUGUUCCUCUUUUUAUUCGAAUGAAAAAUAAUAAAACUGCUCUGAAAUUGGUACAAUCUGUUAAUCUUUCUACAAUUCAUGGAGUAACAGCACGUAUUCUUGAAGGUCCUAGUGAACAGGCGUACUGUGAUAAUAUUAUCAAAUCUAAGUUAAAUGCUAGAGAACGUCAUCGGACUUCACAAUUAAACAAACGUCAAAAACAAAAAUCUGCAGAUCAUCAUCCUACAUCAUUCACUAAUUGUAUACCUCCAAGUAAUAAGACUGAUCACAAGCAUAUUGUAUUCAAUGAAUAAAUUUUCACACGCUUUUUGUACAUAUACUCCGAGAUCUAUUUUGCUUACUAAACUAUAAUUUUAAACAUGUACACAGUAAUACUUCUCAAGUUUUUUGCACAAGUAAUUUUGUUUGAAAUAGAUACUUUACAACGAUAUACAUGUUCAUCAACUCCCGAUCAUAGCUACCUAACCCAGGUCCCUUAACAAGAAAUAUUCUUCCACGGUUUGGACAACCGGAAAUUGCAACCGCCCUCACAAUUCUAUCAGCACUCAAGAUCAUCUUCCUAACAGUUAAGUCUCUCCCUCGCCUCAUAAUAAUCAUACCAUCCCCAAGGACAACUUUUUAUAUAUCUUUAUCGUCACGCGCCACCGCUACUAAUGAUUUGAG